CAUACACAGCAAGAGAAGGAGGGCUCAUGGACUGACAGAAAAGUUCCCCCUUCUCUCCUUUUCCUCUUCCCCCUUUCUCUUUCUCACACAAACACUGUUCUCCUUUCCUCUCUCUCCCUCCUUCUACCUCACAUACUCUCUCCAUAUAACUCUUUCUCUCUCCCCGUUUCUCUCUCUCUGUUGUCUCUCUCCCUCCUACCUCACAUACUCUCUCCACAUAACUCUCUUUCUCUCUUCCUGUCUCUUCCUGUGUCUCUCUCUCGCUCUCUCAGUACUUUCUCUCUCUCUCUCCCUCCCCUAGCCUGAAAAAGGUAGGCUUUUCACUCCGGCACCUGCCCUUACCUACAGCACAGAGAGAGGGCGAGAGGGAGGCGAGAGCAGAGCAGCACCUUGGCCCAGCCUCACCUUCCUGUGGGAUUUUCCACCUUACUUCUUAACACAGAGCCCAGCUUUGUUUGUUGUUCUCUGGGAACGUUGGGAACAUUCCCUCAGCUCUGUGGAGAUCAAAGCAGAGAAUGAAGCUCAUCUCACCUGGCUGUGCAUGGAUGGAUACCCGAAGCGGUCAAGAUUCCCAUCUGAUUUUCCCAUUUGACCCCAUUUUCCGGAAAUAAGUUUGAGGAAGGGUCAAAAAGAACCUGGGAGUUCAGGGGGUUUUAACUGCAGGAGAGACGGACAGGUUUGGUGUGUGUGUGAACGAGGGAAUGAGCCAGAGCAAGAGAGAGAAAGAGACUUAAUAGACAAAGAACAUAAGUGAGAGCUAAAGUAGGUCUACGUAGUCCAUUUUUAAGGCUGGCUGGGCAUUGAACAUGAACAAUACAUACAAUAAGAGAAAUAGUCUAUCAGCUGCAACAGGAGUCAUAGAUUUCUAACUUAGUACGUUUUCACUUUCAGGCAGUUUCUUAGUGUUUGUCAGUCUAGUUGUCACUGUGUGUGCUCAGAUCCAUUGUCGUGAGCCCUGUGGUGCCAUUGGAGGAUUUUGUUGUAUUCUGAGCACACGGUUGGCCAGUUCAAAUGAUUGACAGGGCUAAAGAAGAAGAGUUGUUUCAGGAAGCGGGAGUGAGGUUUAUACUGGAGGACAUGGGGAGAUAAGAUGGAUCCUGCCCUAGCAGCACACUUUGGAUCUAAGUCAGACUUUGAUGAACUCAACCUGUACUGGCUCCUGUCGACUAUCCUGGAGGAGGACAAUUUCUACCACCGCCAUCUUUGAACUUUGGCACCAGGAAGUAAAACACUGUCAGGGGAGAGAGUUAUCUCGACCUCAAACCUUAAUCCACAUUUUUUUAAAGUAUUGACUCUUGGUUAACUCGUUUCACUGGUUUCCAUGGUGACCCCGUCAGCACGGAGACCUGUCAGCAUCAUCGCGUGGUAGCCAACAGCCAUGCAGUACCUGGGUGGUAAACUGUCCUCCGCCCAGGUCCAUGUCUCUGGCUGGGUGGGCAGCGUGCGUCGUUCCCUACAGGGGGCACUGAACUUAGUCUGGGGAGAUGAGGAGGAGGUGGUGGUGGUAAAAGAAGAAGAGGAGGAGAAGGAAGAGCAGGAUGAGGGAGAAGGUGGGGGAGGGGGCAGGAGGUUCGACAGGGCUGUGUCACCUCUGCGUAGCUUUGCCUCCCGGAGCCGGCAAUCCCUGAGGUUGUUCUCUGUCCGGAGUCGCCAGCGGAUGACGCUGCGUAGACGGGCAGCAGACACCAGCGCUGAGCAGUUGAAGUGCUGUGUGGGGGCGGGAGAGGGACAUGACACAGAGGCUCUGAUUGGUGGAGAGCCAGACAAGCAGUAUGGGGGAUGUGACACUAGACUGUCUGAGGAUGACAGUCUGCAGACGACAGUGGAACAGAUCUCCCCUGUCACACCAGAUGAGCCUCACGGCACAUCUCCACUAGAAGACACAGAGGAGCUAUUAGCCUUUCCUGAUAUUUCUCCUCUAUUGGACACCAGUGCUCAGCGUGCAAGGGCAAAGCUGAGGAAGAGUCGGAGGACCCGCCCCCCUCGAGCUGUCCAUCAGAACUCUACCACAGCAACGCUUGAGGAAAACCCCGUCCACGACUGGAGGUUCUGUGACUCCUCAGAUAAGGUGGACUCUCUAACAAGGGGAGAUUGUGAGUCUGAUGAGGAGCAGCCCAGAGGGAGGGAGGUAUGUUCACCACCUUCCCAGCCCCAGAGAAUACCCCUCUUUUCUGGAAUGGACCCGUCCGCUCUCAAGGCCCAGUUAAAGAAGCGAACCGGGGGAGGAGUUAAAGGAGCAGAUACAGACAGUCAGACAGACAGUCUUGCUCUGUCCCCCUCUCAGCUCUCCCGCUCUCCUGGAUGUUCCUCCUUCCUCCCCAGGACAUCACAGAUACUACCCCCUGUAGUGAACAAAGAUGGAGGGGGGGACUCGUCUCCUUCAUGGCUGCAAGAACUCAAGUCUAAGAAGCGCUUGAGUCAAUUCAACAGUGAGGACUAGCUGAGUGGAUGGACCUCAUUUUUACACCAGCUAUUACAAUCAAAAUACCUAUCUGAUCACAUUCCCCUUCCAUACACACCUUAAAGUGUUAGUUAACUCCAAAGAAAGCCUAUAGCUUGUUACAAGUUUGCAGUCUGACGUCGUCAGACGCACUUUGAUUUGAGUGAACUAUCACUUUAAAAUAUGCCCUGUAUCUGUGUCAUGUAAAUUAGCUUUUAUUCCUGUUUACCUCUAGGAGAUACCACCCAGCUAGCACAUUCAGUUCCUUGGAACUUGUAGGAACGUACGUGUUUGGUUUCCCAUUGGUUCUGGGAACAAAGCCAUAAGUAUCUCGACCGGUAAAACGAAAAGUUCUGAGAAAGGAAGUGAAAACGUAGUCUGUUCUGGAAACGUACAUUUUUAGGUUGCAGAGAGAUUCUGAGAAGCUUUCCUGGGAGGUUUUAUUAACGUUCUGAGAACGUAAAUUAUAGGUUAUUUGAAGGUAUUUAUAUAACAUCCUGAGAAAGUGUUUCAAUAUGACUUUUAAUAACACUGAUAGCUUAGUUUGAACUCCAAGAACAUAUAGGACACAAGGAAAUGCAUUUUCUUUUAUUGUGCCAGAGUCUAACCUAUGAUCUUCUGUUUUUUAUCUGUGGAAUUAGUCAACUGCGCCACCGGGAUGGAGCUAGCAUGCCAUGUUUGUUUUUUACUCAUACAAAGCUGAUCAUUUUAAUCUAUUCAAAUAGACCCCAUUUCAAAGGAAACCAGCACUAAUUAAGUCCCGGUAUGGCCAAUUAGUGGGCGUAGCCAACACACUUAACAAGAUAGAGGAUAGAGAGUUUUGUUAAUGCUGAGACCAAAUGUAUAUGUUUUUAAAUAACAUUCUUUAGAACGUUCUCUGAAUGUUAGUAAAGUUUUUGUGUUUUUUAUGGAAAAUGUUCUUAACGUUCUCUGAACAAUUUGAGAACAUGAAUUUAAUUAGAACCUGUAGGAAACGUUCUGCUGAAGUACCAAAAUUACCACAGAAAAAUGUUGUUUCUUAAUGUUCUUUGAACUAUUGGAGAACAUUCUCAAUGUCAAACCAGUUGGAGAACAUUCUUAGAAUGUUACCAAAAUUGUAAUGAAAUAUAACCAUGUUUGAAAUUUUUGGAAACAUUCUGUUUAAGUAAUGAAAUUCCAAGAAAACAAUGUUUUCUUGUGAAGUUCCUUAACUGUGCUGAGAAUGUUCCAAAGCCAAGCAACUAUCCUGUACCAUUCCCAAAAAGUUGUGAGAAGGAUGCAUGCAAAAUAACCAUAGGACAACCACUCUCUCACCAAGCGCUAAGAAACAUAUGGUUCUCAGAACAUUGUGUGCUAGCUGGGCAUUGACUUGGAGAUCAUCCAACUGAUGCUGCUGCUGUUGCUGACAAACACCUCUGUGACAAACAAAGCAGUGACCUGGACUCCCUCCAAUUGUGUGCCUUUCCAGAAACUCCCUUUUUUUAUUGACAAGCUAUGCAAGACAAUGGAGAAGCAUUGGAUACUUUCCUGCCCUGCGUUGUGACCAUCUCUUCGACUUUUCUAUUCGUCAAAGGAAUUAUAAGCAUGUAGACUAUUUGCAACACAGAAACACACACACGCACACACACACACACACACAGAAUAUUUGCAACAUUUGGACAAGUGCCUCUCAUCCCAGGCCACUAUAUGUUCUAGACUGUAUCUUUCCAUCCAUUCAAACUUGCAUGCCAGAUUCUGUGUGGGAGCUUGACGUAAUUACCUGUUUAGGUCAUGCACACAAAUAUCCAUAAUGCCACAAGGUUCACAUACAUACUUGAAUUGUACAUCUUUUGGCACCUAGCCAAUGGAACUUUCCUUCUUUCUCAAUUGAUCUCUUGUUUUGAACUAACCCGUCGGUUUCUUUUCUCUGUUAUGUUAUGCACUCACUCGCUGCUCUGAUGAGCUGCUCUUGAUAAAAGUAUCUGGUAGAUACAACGAUAUUAUCUCUACUCUGUCCAAACAAGAAAAGGAGAGGAAUAGCUCUGUCUGCACCCAUGUUGUGGUUUGAUUAGAGACAAUGUCUCAACACCUGUGUACAAUAGGCCUUUCAUCUGAUCUCAGCCAAUAACAAACCAAUACACAUGUGCUUACUCUGCCUGCCAUGAUGCCCAAAUCCUGCAAUAGUGCCAUAAAGCACUUUAAGAGGGAUCCAUUUACAGUAACAAUGACAGGUGCACUAGAAAAUAAUUGUAUACAAGACCAUUCCCCGUCCAUAGGUGCAGACUGACAUUGACAAAAUGAUGUCUAUCAAAUAAUAAGUACUACUUUUACACAUUCAGAUUCAAGUAUAUUUGGGCAAGGUCCUAUUGUAAUUGCAUUAGUAAUAAACAUGUUGAUCUGAUAUGUCUGUAUGUAUUGCUGUCAGCCACAGAUAAGAUCUUGUUUCUUCUGAGUGUUGAUCAGCUGAUUUUGUUCAUUGCUGCCAGAUCAAUUAAGGAGUAUUUUCUAUCAGUGUUUUUUGAAAGGGUGCAAAUCUCUAACAUUUUCACUUUCAUAUUAUCUUCAUAACGUUCACUGGAAUAAUAGAAAACACCAGCAAUGCACACACGCAGAAAUGCAUAUACUGUAGGCCUAUAUACAGUAAGAAACAUAUUUUGAAUGGCACCAUAGUGUUUUUGACACCUACACCUACAUUUAACAUUACAUUUAAGUCAUUUAGCAGACGCUCUUAUCCAGAGCGACUUACUUGUCUACAUUGACUGUGUGAAAAGUGGGUAACACCACUUGACAUCCAAUGUCAUAACACGUUAUGAUAUGGCCAUAACCAUGUCAUAACAGCUGACAUAACUUGUCAUAACUUGUCACAAUAUAGAUAUAUAUAUAUAUAUGUCACAACAGCUGUAAAUAUAUAUUUACACAUUUAUUCAAAUAACUUUUUUUGCAUGCCAAGAGGUUUCCUUUCGUUUGAAAGUUUGUUUCUUAAAUCCGUUGAUGUUGUUGUAAUGAAUUAUUUUUAAAAUAACUUGUAGAAAAUAAACUUUAUGACACUGUCAUGAAGAAUUGUGA